UCUAGUCACUAUACUUUAGUCCCUCAAGCGGUUUUUGUUUUAGUCCCUUUUUCAAAGUAAAGUAUAUUUUAUUCCUCCAAAAUUAAUACCGUUAAAAACUAGCUGAUGUGGUUAACGGUAGACUGACACGAUUUUUUUUUCUUGCGCAGAGUUAGUGUUUCUCACCUUUUCUCCCAACCUCCCCACCCUCUACAAAAAGGUCAUUGACACUGUCUAAAGGGUGUGACACAUCCAAUACAGUGAAGUCAUAAAUACUUGAAAGUAAUUUGUAGGUUUCAAAGGAUUGUGGCUACAAUUUGAUAAGGAGUACAACAACUUCUCUCCCAUGAUCUAUAUUCCCACACAAUCGACAUACAACAUGGUCAUCUGGCUUAGAAUCCAUCAUCUGCAGAUCCUUCACUGAUUCAUUAAAACACUCCACUUCAUAAAAAAGAUUAGUUAAGCAUGCAUAGUGUUGUUGGUCAGGGACGACACCAUGCUUACUAGGCAUGGACUUGAAGAACUGAAACCCUUCCUAUACAAGACCUGAAUGACUAGAAGCAUUCAAAAUGACGGAAAAAGUGGUUCUAUUUGGCUUCACUCCUGAUCUUAGCAUAUUAUAAAGCAUCGUAAUUGCUUCGAUGAUAUAGCCAUAGUGAGUCAGUGUUGAUAAAAUUGUGUUCCACAACUCUACAUCCUGCUUAUUUCCAGUGGAAUUAAAGACUCGCCUGGCAGUUUCCAACCUUCCACACUUCAAAUACAUGCCAACAAUAGCACUAAUUACAACAGUAUUAGGUUUGCAACAGUAUCUGGAGAAGAGACAAGGACGACGGUGCGUGGAAAAGGCCCGUAUCAAUACUUCUGAUUUUACGUAUGGACAAUUUCUCAAAAUCUUGUUCAUUCGCAAAAAAAUCUUUUCUUUUUCGCAAAAAAAUCUUUUCUUUUUGCGAUGGUCAAAAGAAACAUGCUUUUUUGAAGAGAGAUAUUAUUUCAUCAAUCGAGUUACAGGUAUCUAACAUAUUGAUACCUAACGAUUUUCCGCAAAAUGGCGACGAAGGGUAUAACUUCUACAAAUCUUUCCAUUUUCCAAUUCGAUAUGAUCCAUUCGACGAGGACGACGAGGACAGUGUCAAUGACCUUUUUGCAGAGGGUGGGGAGGUUGGGUGGAAGAUGGAAGGAAGAGACGAGGGAGAAAAGGUGAGAAACACUGACUCAGCGCAAAAAGAAAAAAUCGUGUCAGUCUACCGUUAGCGUGAUUUUUAACGGUGUUAGUUUUGAAGGACUAAAAUCAAAGUUUCCUUAAGGAGGAGGACUAAAAUGUACCUUACUUUGAAAGAGGGACUAAAACCAAAAUCGCUUGAUAGUACAGAGACUAAAAACAUAUUUAACCCAUAUAUAUAUAUAUAUAUAUAUAAUAGUAGAAUCGUACGAUGACUAACAAUAUUCUUCUAAGUAUGUUUCUUUAUAUUAAGUACUCAAUCACAUAUAGGAAUAACAAGUAAAAUAUACAAGAACAUUGAAUUGUGUAUUUAAAUAUUUUGAGUUUUUAUAAAUACGGCUUUAGUAUCACUAGUGCAGUAAGGAGAAAUGGUAUCGGUUAAAUUUGCUUAUAGGCAUCGGUUCUGCAACCGAGGCAUAUACGGACGAGGUAAAAAGAAGCAAGGUUUACGCCUCGGUUCUGAAGAACCAAGUUAAUACGAGAGAGGAUUAUGCCUCGGUUCUUGAUAACCGAGGCAAUUGCGUGUUUUUUUUUUAGCAUUUGGAUUAUUUUGGUUGCAUAGAAGCAAAAGGGUUAUUUUUCCUUCCCUUUCACAAAACCAAAUCUCAGAAUAUCAAUAAGAAGGGUGGUCCAACGUGAUUCAAUCCCUUUCACAGUCCAGCCUUAACAAAAUCACUCCCAAAAUAACAAAGAAAAAAAAUAACACAGCUUUUGUAAGAAUCAACUCUAAGAACGAUUUGGGUUUUGAUGCAAUGAGAAUGAUUUGGGUUUAGUUGGCGGAGGUUGUCAUCACCAACUCUGAGAACGAUUUGGGGGAAGAACGGAGGCUCCUGCAAGGCCAAACCAGAACAGAGAAAAGAAAAGAUGAAGGUUGAUGCCUCCCCUCUUCGUGACUUCGCCAACGCUGCAGAAACGCCACCGCUGCAAUGCAGAAACGCCACCGCUGCAGGACCGUGACUUCACCACCACCUCGCCGCCACCUCUUCGUGCCUCGCUAAUGCCACCGCUGCCACUGCUGCAGGACGCCCUUGCCGCUACUCGCCACCACCUCACCGUGACCUCGUCGCGGCCUCACUACGGUCUCGCUGCGGCCUCGCCGCGUUCUCGCUACCUCCUCCGGCCCUCAAUGACGCUGCCUCCGCCGUUUCUCCUCCUCCUCUGUCGCGUCGUUCAUCCCCGUCAUUCACUUCCUCCCCCGCCACCUCAAUCGAUGCUUCCUCCGCCGUUUCUCCUCCUCCUCUAUCGCGUCGUUCGUCCCCGCGUCGUUCGCUUCCUCCCCCGCCACCUCAAUCGACGCUUCCUCCGCCGUUUCUCCUCCUCCUCUGUCGCGUCGUUCAUCCCCCCUGUUCCUCCCCCGCCACCAGAUUUGGGGUUGGCAGUGGUGUGGUUUAGUUGUGGGAAAGGUAGGUUUUGAGACUAGGCGAAGAAGUGAGCAGGGUUUGAGAGAAAGGUAGGGUUUGAGAGAAAGGUAGGUUUUGAGAGCAGUAGUGUAGGUUAGGUAAAAAACCUAGGUGUUGUGAAAUUUUAGGCCUCGGUACUGUUUUAACCGAAGCAUAAACCUAUUUCAACACCACUUCUUUUUAGAACCGAAGCGUGUCAGGCCAAAACACAUAAUAUUAGGCCUCGGUCCUGUGUUAACCGAGGCAUAAACCUAUUUCAACACCAGUUUUUUUAGAACUGGGGUAUAUAAGUUCGUCUAAAAUACAAGUUUGCCACCGCUUUCGUAUAUGUUUCGAUUUUCCU